AGAAGAUACAUACAGACACUUGUACGCUUUGAGCAAAUUGAAAAAGCAAACAAACCAGAAAAGAAAACAAAUUUAAAUUUGAAUUGUUUUUCAAAAGUUAACUAUAUGAUCGAGUAAGCACUCGUCUUAAUAUGGCGAUGCAGAUUGCACGCAACAAUCGCGAAUGGGGCGAACACCUACGAGCAAUGCCCCAAGAAGAAGUCGAGGUCUACGUGCUGUUUGUCAACACAACAAAUCGCACAGUAGAUCUGUACUGGGUACGCGAUCCGGACACGGAAAACAUUCAGGUAACAUUAAAGCCGAACGAGGGAGUGCCCGUAAAUACGUAUAAUACGCACAUUUGGUUCUUUCGCGAUUAUUAUACUGGCGAACGUAUGCAUGUGCGGUCGCAGCGUUUGUUUUUCCCUGUGCGCAUACGCGUGCCCAGAAAUCCGCAACAGCCGGAAGAGCUGUGCGAUGUGCGAAGCCAAAUCCUGAUACACUUUCCGCUGCGCACACUGAGGGACAACUGCUUGUGGCUCAUUGUCAGAUGGCUAAAGCGUACCUACGAUGCACCACGAGAGUACAUCAAUAGCUACAUGAUACCUGUAACACUGAAGCAACAGAUGCAUAUCUUGCUCAACACCAUCGAGGCCUACUGCAGCCAGGCGAACCAAAUGAGGCGGCGCAUGAGAAAUCGCCGGUAGAGAGACGCGCGAAAUCGUCACGA